UCAUGACUUUUGAAUAUAAAAUGUGCGCUCAAAAUUGUAUUUUAUUGAUCUGAAAAUGUUCAGUCUUACAGUUUUUUUGGCAACUGUUGCUAUCACAAUUUCUGCUGCACAAAAUACUUGCAACACUCAAAGCACAAUUAACAGACCUGUGAAUGGCCAACCUGUUUACUGGCCUGCCACAUGGAGGGAGAAUCAGACAGCUCCUGCUCUCGCGGAGGAUCAAUCAUGCAGUUGGAUUGUGACUAUUCCAGAAGGAUAUUAUGCAAGGCUGAUUAUCAAUGGAAAAAUGGGCGAUCCAUACUCUCAUUUCCUUACUAUUGAUUCGGCUGGAAAUUUGAUUACAAGCUCCCACGAAACAAUGCAGCCAUAUUUCUUCCCACCAUCAAAGUUCACACUUUCACUUUCAAAUGACGAAGUGGCGGCAUUUGCGUUCAAAAUCGAGUGGUCUCCCUUUAAUAUCCCAACAUCAUACGAUGCAGGAAUCGGUAUGCAGCCGCAUGUCCUCAACAUCACAAAAGAUCGAUUUGCCGCAGAGUUUAAUUCAGACGCUGUUUCUCUGUUGGUCUCUCCAGUUGAUCCAAAGAACUAUUAUUCCCUGAGAAGUACUCUUGUGUUUGAGGGGCAAGAUUUUAAUGGAUUUUACAGAACAAAUUUGUACUUGCUUUAUCGAUCCCGCCAGCAAUGGAUUUCUUCAAAGCAAACAAUUUAUGUGAUCAAUUUGGAAGCCAGUAAUAAACUGGAUACACUUUUGAUCCAAGAUGCACAAUACACCCGAGAUUAUGCCGAUUACGUCCAGCUAAACUGUGGUGGCAGUACCACUUGCAUUGCGACAGUUGACGGAGGAAACAAAAAAUCUGCAAUUGCUUCGGUUCUUGUCUCACAAAACAAUGAAACCCUGGUGGAUAUUCGAAUGGAUCCGAGUGCAACAAUGAAAGUCUAUUAUGGAUCUGAGACUGCGUUUGCAUUUGAUUCAACUUACAAUGGUUCAACAAUCAAUUCGCUUCUUCCACUCACGUUCUACGGCAGUUAUGUUACUCAAUAUGUUAUCAGCAAUGGAAAAGCUACUCUUACUUUUAAUAUUCCACAAUAACCAACAAACGAUAUUUAUUCGAAUUAAUAAAGCAUUUCAUGAGUCUUUGUGUUAUUGAUACAAAAGAGGAAUUCCAAUAAAAUCGUAUAAUGGAGGUAAAAUAAUGAUGGGUUGGUUGGUUGAUUGGUUAGAGCAAAGUGCAGCGACCAUAGAAUAUGCAAGUAUCCAAAACA